GCGCCGCGAGGCUCCGCCCGGCCGGCAGCGGGGCGGUGCUAAGAUGGCCGCGGCGCUGCUGGCGCGGUUGUGCCGGGGUGCCCCCGGGCUGCGGGGCACGCUCUGGCUCCGCGCCGCCCGCCCGCCCCUCGCCGCCGCCCCGCUGCUGCUGCCCCGCCGCCCCGCCGCGCCCCUGGGGCCGCGCAGCUUCUCGGCGGCCGAGCUGGUGCGCGCUGCGCCGGCCCCGCUGCAGCCCUACUUGCGGCUCAUGCGCCUGCACCAGCCCGCCGGGACGUGGCUGCUCUACUUGCCGUGUACCUGGAGCAUCGGGCUGGCGGCCGCGCCCGGGUGCCUCCCGGACUGGCACAUGCUGUCCCUGUUCGGCGUGGGAGCCGUGCUCAUGCGAGGGGCCGGCUGUACCAUCAAUGACAUGUGGGACCGCGACUAUGACAGACAGGUUGCAAGGACAGCAAGCAGACCUCUGGCAGCUGGAGAUAUCUCCACUUUCCAGUCCUUGGUUUUUCUUGGGGGACAGCUCAGCCUAGCACUCUGUGUGCUUCUGUGUCUGAAUUACUACAGUAUCAUUCUGGGAGCAGCCUCUUUAUUCCUUGUGAUCACCUACCCUCUGAUGAAGAGAAUAACAUACUGGCCACAGCUAGUUUUGGGAUUUACAUUUAAUUGGGGAGCCCUUCUUGGCUGGUCUGCCAUCAAAGGGUCAUGUGAGUGGUCUGUGUGUUUGCCCUUGUAUUUUGCUGGAGUCAUGUGGACACUGGUGUAUGACACCAUUUAUGCACAUCAGGAUAAGAGGGACGACAUCAUGAUUGGUGUGAAGUCAACUGCAUUGCAGUUCAGGGAGGACACGAAGCAGUGGCUCAGUGGCUUCAGCCUGGCAAUGCUCCUGAGUUUGUGCAUGGCAGGGAUGAAUUGCAACCAAACCCUCCCCUAUUAUUCGGCUGUGGCUGCUGUAGGGGCUCACCUGGCACACCAGAUUUACACUUUGGACAUAGACAAGCCCGAAGACUGCUGGAAAAAAUUUGCUUCAAAUCGUACUGUAGGAAUUCUCCUCUUCAUAGGGAUUGUGCUUGGAAAUCUGUGGAAAUGAGAAGGCUUAAAUGUAGAAGAGCCUUCAGAGAACAGAUAGUUGAAAUCACUAUACUGAUAUUUUAGUCUAACUGAAGUGUAAGUAUUGUAAGAAGGAAAACACUUGUAAUAUAAAUAUAGCUGCUUUAUAUUGUUUAUUUGUAAAAGCUGGUGGAAACAUUCCUGUUUCUGAAAUAAUGCAAUUGAGAUAAUUGUACAGUGGAAGUUUUGGUUAUCUGGGAAUAACUUCAAUCUGCAUAGAAGCUCCAAAAAGCUCUGCUGGUCCUGUGUAGUAGCAGCAAACUUCUGUCAAGCUCUGGAGACUGUGAACCCAAGAUUUUUAUAUGAAGCAGGUGUGGUGUCUCAGUGACAGCAGAGUGAAAAUGCAGAAUGAUUUCUGGAUGUAAAUAAAAUACGGCUGUACAUGUUUGAUGGUCUCAUUUAUUACAAAGGUAAUUUUCAGUUUGAAUUGGAGCUUGCUUCAUGGAAGAGUUGCAAUAACUGUUUUUCUUUUGGGAUGUCUAGGAGCAGUCAGGACUCUUGAGUGUGUGAGGUCCACAAUAAGGAGUCAGUAGAGAAGUGUUUAAGAAGAUUUUCUGCUCUUGCUGUGAUUGCUGCAGCAGGUGCUUUCCAUGUGAAAAGGACAGGCUUCUGCAAAGUUGCCUGCACAGAGUGAGCUAAGCUUGUUUGUCAAGAGUGAUUUGAACACAGACUAAGGACUGAAAACAAAACCAGAGAAGCCCAGAGCUGUUGCCAAAUGUGUGUGAGCAGUGGUUGACCCUGGGCUACAAAUUUGUCAUGCAAAUCUUAUUUGUAGUCUUACAGGAAAACCUUGUUUCUAGGGGAAUGCCUAGAAACAGUAAAAAUAGCAAGUGCAGGCUAAAUAAAUGGCCCUUACACAGAAGUUGUUCUUAAAUAGGGUUUGUAUUUCUGGGGUGGAGAAAGUAUUAAGUUGAAGAAAAGCAGUUUAAUAAUGAAAAACCAUAAGCUUCUGAUCAGUUUUGUGACAUAGCUGCAUUUUGUAGAGGGACAAUUUGAUGCGUCCAGCUUGAAGUUGAACUUUGUUUAUUAGCUGUUUACUAGUAAUUAAAAAGUCUUGUAAAGUAACUAAUAUGGAUCAGUUUCAGUAGUGUUACUUUAGUGAGGUGGUGGCAAAAGUUAUUAAUCUGUUUUUAACAUACUAAAGGCUGUUUAAGUAGCUCAGAUUUGGGAAGAGCUCACAUUAUGUCGUGUGUUUGAACCUUAUGGUGUCCUUUGUCUGAUGACUGCUUUUCACAAGUGUUUGUCUUAAAAUGAGAAGAAGAAAAAGGUGUCACUAAAUACAGUGUAAAUUAAAGUUUCAAAACAGUC